AUGGCCGAUCCCGUGGGCCAAGCCGAGACAACCCACUCAAGGUCCUCCGCACCACGGGUCCGCCUCACCUGCGAAGCCUGUCGCCAGCGCAAAGUGAAAUGCGACAAGUCAAGUCCUUGUACAAGCUGCCAGCGACUUGGCCUCGUGUGUGUUCCCGUGGAACGUGCGCGUCUCCCGCGCGGUCGCACGCGAAAACCUGAGCGGGUUGUAGGCUCGGACAAAGAACUAUCUGAGCGGGUAGCGAGACUCGAGAAACUUCUGAAAAAAGUCGCCAAUGAGCGCGGAGAUGGAUUACAGGCUGCCCCGACUGUCCCUAUGCCUGUAUAUCCAUACAUACAGCAGCGGUCGGCAGCAGAGACCAGCAACGCCGGUCCUAAUAUUCGGCAGGGUCAGAAUGACAACUUGCCCGCUACUGGUCAGCCACAUCUUCCUCGCCCUUCAACUGCGUAUGUUGGGGGUCCAUUUUGGGAAGAUAUCAUGCAGCAGACCCAAGAAUUACGCAGUGUCCUGGAAGGUCGUCUAGAAAAUGAAGACCACGCUGUCAAAGACUCAGCAUCUGGUUUUGGCACCUCGCUUGUGAGCUCAGAAAGCCCUGAAAGCUCGUCAAACUCACCCCAGGCCAACGGCCGAUUAAACCUCAAACCGCAAAUCCGGCACAGGUUAUGUGACAUUUUCUUCCACAACGUUGAUCCUCUCUUCAAAAUUUUACAUCGACCGUCGCUACAAGCAUUUAUUAAAGAUGAGAAGCCUUAUCUUGACUAUGAGCAGGAUCACCAAGCGCCAGCCACCCUUGCUUCGGCUAUCUAUCUUUGCGCUGUGUGUACUCUUGAGGAAGUGGAAUGCCAGUCAACUUUCAACACGAGCAAAAAGGCAAUAGUCGCAGAAUUCCAGAGAGAAACCGAAUUAGCGCUCGCAAAGGCGGACUUUGUCACGACAAACGAUCUCACUGUUCUCCAGGCUUAUAUCAUCUCUCUGCUUGCCGCGAGAUCUCAAGACCAAAGCCGAAGAGUGUGGACCAUGCUGAGCAUGGCACUUCGAGUAGGCCAGGCAUUAUCUCUCCACAUCCCCCAGCCGCCAUUCACGGUACGCCCCUUUGAGCACGAGAUGCGCAAACGAGCAUGGCUAGGAAUCGGCCUUCUCGAUGUAGCAGCCUCUCUAGACAGGGCAUCCGAGCCGAUGAUGCAAUCCGCAUGGCUGGAUUACAACCAACCGUCGAAUAUCAACGACGAGGACUUAUGGUUCGACAUGCCAGGUCCAAUCCCAGAACACAUAAAUGGCACGUUUACCGACAUGACCCACACCUUGGUUAUCGCAGCGUCAGUGUCUGUGACCCGAACCCUUGCAUUUUCAGAUCUCACCGAGCCAGCCGUGACUAUCUUGAGUUUGCGACAGCAAGCCGUCCACGAUUUCCAACAAAAGACAUCAAAUCUUCUAAGCGGCUGCAGGCCCGAUCUGUCGGACUUCCAGUGGUAUGCGCGAAAGACAGCGGGUGUGAUGGGAAGCUGGCUGCAACUAGCCUCCCUCCGGCCGCUGCAACGAAGCUAUAACUUCAUCCCCCCGAAAAUCCAGGAGAACGCCCUCCUUAAAAUCGCAGCUGAUAACCUGCUGUGGUCACAAGAGGCAUACGACUAUCCAGGCGCCAGGUCUUGGCGGUGGUACGUCUCGAUGUGGGUUCCGUGGCACGCAUUGGCCGUAGCCCUUGCCGAACUCUGCGUCUGCAAAAAUCCCGCGGUGAUGUCAAAAUACUGGACCGUCGUUGACAACGUCUACCAGCGCUCGCGGCUCGUAAUCGCAGAUUCUCAGCAGGGAAUGCUCUGGAAACCUCUGGAGAGGCUCAUGUCGCAGGCGAAAACACGAAGAAAUGAGCUUCUGGGUGCUGAUGUUGAUGCUUCUCACCAACCGGUGUGUCAAUACUCUUUCGACGGCAUUGCGUCUGGGCCUUUCUCGAAACAACCUGAAAAUCAACCGGAUCUUACGGACUUUUCGCUUGAUUUGGAACAGGCCGUUGAUGUACCGCAAGACUCGCAGGUCGCAGAAGUGCCGACCUCUUUUACGCCGGUGCCCUGGCCUAAUGUGUGGGAUGCGAUGGAUUUGAGUGACCCGACCUUGCAAAGUGGCUCCGAUGACACGGCUUGGUUGAGUUAUGAGAACUUUAUCGAAAAUGUUUACGAUAGCGUUGAUUCUAUUUUCUUGCCACGGUGA